CUAGACAGCCGAUCUUUGUUUACCUAAUACAAAAAACCGAACAUAGGCUCAAAGCAAGCUAGGUGAAACAACAUGGGGACACCGUUCAUCGCGCACCUCGAGCCGACGGCCCUGGAGUGGGAGCGCGGGCUCCCGCCCGACGAGCAGCCGAACGCGGCCUCGAUCCCGCGCACCUUCCUCGACGCCAUGACGGUGCGCACGCAAGUCUUCGUGCAGGAGCAGCAGGUCCCGCAGUCCAACGAGUUCGACGCCGACGACCAGCGGUGCGCCCACUGGGUCAUCUACGCGUCCGUCAACAAGACCGUCGCCCCCGCCGUCACCGACCCCGCCACCGGCGAGGUCCUCCGCCCGCGCCAGAGCGAGACCCAGUCCGUGCCCAUCGGCACCGUGCGUCUGGUGCCCUUCCCGCACCCGCCGCACCCGGUCAAGGGCGGCGUCUACGUCGACAACGAGCUAGUCGGCUCCUCCUCCUCCGACUCCGCAGAAGACAACAACAACAACAACAACAACAACAAGACCACAACCGAACCCCCCGCCGCCGAACCAACCACCACCCAACAACGCACAUUCACCCCAGACCGCCCGACCACCUUCCACGACGGCGUCGAGCCGUACGUGAAGCUGGGCCGGCUGGCCGUGGUCAAAGAGUUCCGGGGGCGGGGCAUCGCGGGCCAGCUGGUGCGGACGGCGACCGAGUGGAUGCGGACGCACGGGACGUACUUCGACCCGAGCCCCGCCGCGCGCGGGUUCGAGCACCUGGGCAUGGAGCAGACGGCCGGGGCGCUGCCGCCGCGGUGGAACGGCCUGCUGUGCUGCCACGCGCAGGAGAGCGCGGUGAGGGCGUGGGAGAAGUGCGGGUUCCGCGUGGACGAGGGGAUGGGCCGCUGGUUGGAGGAGGGGAUUCCGCAUGUUGGCAUGUUUUUGAGGGUUGACGUGGAGCCGCAGGCGAGGGCGCUUUGAGUUUCUAUGUGGGGAGAUUGGUUCUGGUGUAUUUCUUCGCCGUCUUUGCGCAGGGUAUUGCCGGAUUUCGAUGGCAUGUUUGUUCAUAGAGAUUAGAUCGCGAUACCACGGAUGGCUUUUCUUCUUUUCCCGUUUUCACAUUCUGAACGAGCAAGAGGAUAGAAACCAAAACUCCACGUUACGAGCAUAGCACAGUACCACACCAUAGACGCCAAUUCUUGUCAG